CCCCGGCUUAGGGGCGUUGCGGGGGUAGGAGUUGAGGGCCGAGCUGUCCCAAGGCAGACACACGGAGGCCCCAGGGCCGGUUUCCGGCGUCUCGGUCCCCCGGCUGUGGGGGUGAGGCACGGGCCUCGCGGGCACUGGACGGCUGGACCCCGAGGCGCGAGUGGCCGGCGCCCCCGUGCAAGGGGUGCCCCCGGGGGACCCCGCUCCAGGGGCCGGCCCUGCUGAGUGGGGGGCGGGGGCUCCCGUAACGACAGGGCCCGCAGGUCAGCGGGAACCCGGGGGCCGUGAUGGCCCGAGCCCUCCGCUCCUGGCCUCUCCUGGCUCCCACCUCGGGCGGCAGCCGCAGCGAGGGGAAAGGGGUGCACUUGCGGCGCAUGCGCCCUGCAGCAGGGCCCGGCCCCGGGGCGUUCCGUAGUUGGGGAGCCCGGGCGGGCCUGGGAUGCGGGGAGGGAGGGGCGGCCGUCCCGCGGGAGGGGGUGUGAGCAGGGCGGGGCCGGAACGUUUUUCUCCGGGGCCACGCCCGGGCGGGCACAGUUAACCGCCGCACGGAUCAUGGCCGCAGCCGCGCUGGGGCAGAUCUGGGCCCGAAAACUUCUUCCGGUCCCUUGGCUUCUGUGCGGUCCCAGAAGAUGUGCCUCCUCCAACUUCAAGGCCGCCGAUCUGCAGCUACAGAUGACGGCGGAGCCUCAGAAGAAGCCCAACCCCAGCGAGCCCCUGAUGUUCGGGAAGACGUUCACCGACCACAUGCUGGUGGUGGAGUGGACGGGGAAGAAGGGCUGGGGCCAGCCCCGGAUCCAGCCCUUCCAGAACCUCACGCUGCACCCGGCCUGCUCCGCCCUACACUACUCCCUGCAGCUCUUUGAGGGCAUGAAGGCGUUCAAGGGCAAGGACCAGCAGGUGCGCCUCUUCCGGCCCUGGCUCAACAUGGAACGGAUGCUGCGCUCGGCCGGGCGCCUCUGUCUGCCGAGCUUUGACAAGGCCGAGUUGCUGGAGUGCAUCCGCCGGCUCAUCCAAGUGGACAAGGACUGGGUCCCCGAGGGCAGCGGCACCAGCCUCUACGUGCGGCCAGUGCUCAUCGGAAACGAGCCCUCGCUGGGCGUCGGCGGCGCCACCCAGGCCCUCCUGUUCGUCAUCCUGUGCCCUGUGGGCUCCUACUUCCCCGGAGACGCCGUGAGCCCCGUCUCCCUCCUGGCCGACCCCACAUUCAUCCGGGCCUGGGUGGGGGGCGUCGGCGACUACAAGCUGGGGGGGAAUUACGGGCCCACCGUGUACGUGCAACGGGAGGCACAGAAGAGGGGCUGUGAGCAGGUCCUCUGGCUGUACGGCCCCGACCACCAGCUCACCGAGGUGGGCACCAUGAACAUCUUCAUCUACUGGACCCACGAGGACGGGGUGCUGGAGCUGGUGACGCCCCCGCUGGACGGCAUCAUCCUGCCCGGCGUAAUCCGGCAGAGCCUCCUGGACCUGGCUCAGAGCUGGGGGGAGUUCCGCGUGGCGGAGCGCGCCAUCACCAUGAAGGAGCUGCUGCGGGCGCUGGAGCAGGGGCGCGUGCGGGAGGUCUUCGGCUCGGGCACCGCCUGCCAGGUGUGCCCAGUGCACCAGAUCCUGUAUGAGGGCCAGGCCGUCCACAUUCCCACCAUGGAACACGGGCCCGAGCUCAUCCUGCGCUUCCAGAAGGAGCUGCAGGCGAUCCAGUACGGCGCGAGCACUCACGAGUGGAUGCUGCCGGUGUGACGCCGCGGGCUGCGCCAUCCAGGCCCCUUCCCCUCGCCUCCUCGGUGACUCACCUCAAGUGCAAUAUGGAAUAGAAGACCGGGGGCGCCGACGCCGGGCUCCGCGGCGCCCCCGUGUGGUCGCUACACUCCCAAAGCCAUAGGGGCCCGACCCCGGCGCCCGGGCCCCAGCCCCGCAUCUCGGCCUCGGGGACCCGGCUCUCCGUGCUCAGGCCGGGCCCGGUGCUGCCGUUUUUUUUUUUUUUUUUUUUCUCUCUGUGCUGCAAUUUUGAAAUAAA